AUGGAAAAAUCAAAAUAAUUAGUUUUGUAUACAGUAUUUGGAUCAAUAUAAGUGGCUUCAAUUGUUGGUUUAAAUAAUAACAAAUAGAUUUUUAAACUUAAAACUUUAGUUUUUACUGACAGUCUGACUAUUAAUAAAGAUGAAUCAAUUACAAUAAUAGGCUCAUAAGGUUAGAUUACAUUUUGGCAUAAUUUAAAUUAGUGGAAGUCUUUUUAAACUUUGAUUUGCCAUAAUAUGGCUCCAAUUUAUUCUUUAAGCUUAAAUCCAUCUGAUACCUUAUUAAUUUCAUGUUCAUAUGAUAGUACUAUCAAUGUAAUAAGAAAAUCUGAUUAAUAAUGGGUUAUCAUAUAAAUAAUUCAAGUUGAAGUUCAUGGAUUAAGUUUAUGUUUUAUUAAUGAUGACUAUUUUGUAUUUUAACCAAUAGAUUUAAAAGUUUAAGUGUAUUAAUAUUAAAGAUAUGAGGAUAAUUUUGUUAAAGUUAAGGAAAUUGCUAUUUAGGGAAUAGAAUAUCAUUUAGAUAAUUCUUUUUUCUAAUAUAAUGCAGCUAAAGAUAUUCUAAUUAAAAGCAAUGCAUAAUUUCUCAAUUUGAUUAGUGGUUUUGAAAAUGUUGAAUAAUUAACUAAAUCAUCACUAUUUUUUUUAGGUAAUAGAAUAUCCAGUACAUUUAGUAAUAAUGGGGAUUAUUUAAUAGUGAUUAACAAUUUUGAAAAAAAAUUUAUUAUAUAUAUGUUGAAGGAAUCCUGA